CUCAGGACACCCGCCCCAGCCCCCCACCAUGGUCUUGGCGUCCACCACCUCCGCCAUGCCCGGGCGUCUCCCUUCACCUAGCUGGCCCGGCAACCACAGCCAGGAGGCGCCAUUGGAUGCCCGGGACCCGCUGCUGGCCCAGGCAGAGCUAGCCCUGCUCGCCACGGUCUUUGUGGCCGUGGCUCUGAGCAAUGGCCUGGUGUUGGGGGCCCUAGUGCGACGGGGCCGGCGGGGCCGCUGGGCGCCCAUGCAUGUCUUCAUCGGCCACUUGUGCCUGGCCGACCUGGCCGUUGCUCUGUUCCAAGUGCUGCCCCAGCUGGCCUGGGAUGCCACUGACCGCUUCCGUGGGCCCGACGCCCUGUGUCGGGCUGUCAAGUACCUGCAGAUGGUAGGCAUGUAUGCCUCGUCCUACAUGAUCCUAGCCAUGACGCUGGACCGCCACCGCGCCAUCUGCCGCCCCAUGCUGGCAUACCGCCACGGAGGUGGGGCUCACUGGAACCGGCCAGUGCUGGUGGCCUGGGCCUGCUCGCUCCUUCUCAGCCUGCCCCAGCUGUUCAUCUUUGCCCAGCGCGAUGUGGGAGAUGGCAGUGGGGACCUCGACUGCUGGGCCCACUUUGCAGAGCCCUGGGGACUUCGCGCCUAUGUCACCUGGAUCGCCCUGAUGGUGUUUGUGGCGCCUGCCCUGGGUAUUGCUGCCUGCCAGGUGCUCAUCUUCCGGGAGAUCCAUGCCAGUCUGGUGCCAGGGCCAUCAGAGAGGGCUGGGGGGCGCCGCAGAGGGUGCCGGACAGGCAGGCCCAGUGAGGGAGCCCAGGUGUCAGCAGCCAUGGCCAAGACCGUCAGGAUGACGCUGGUGAUUGUGAUCGUCUAUGUGCUGUGCUGGGCGCCCUUCUUCCUUGUGCAGCUGUGGGCAGCAUGGGACCCGGAGGCGCCUCGGGAAGGGCCCCCCUUCGUGCUGCUCAUGCUGCUGGCCAGCCUCAACAGCUGCACCAACCCCUGGAUCUACGCCUCCUUCAGCAGCAGCAUCUCCUCGGAGCUGCGUGGCUUGCUCUGCUGGGCCCGGAGGCACGUCCCCGCCAGCCUGGGGCCCCAAGAUGAGUCCUGCGCCACUGCCAGUUCCUCCCUGGCCAAGGACACCUCCUCGUGAGGAGCUGGUGGGAACCUUCCUUCCAGAGGCUCCAUGAAGCUCAGCUGCCUGCCUGGGAGCCACUGAGAGAGAGGGGCCCACAGAGAAUUGGCCUGGGGCCCCGUCACUGCCACACCCUCUGGGGUUAGCCAUCCCCAGCUGGACAACGAGGACAUCAGGCUCCGGGACUGGGAGGGCCCCUUAAGUCAGCUCCUCUGUGCCAGCACGGGGAGGGGCUGAGGCAGAGGGCUGCGAGGCCUGGGGUGGCAAGCGUCCCCCAUGCGACAGGUCUGGGGAGCCAAAGAAGGGGCAGGGUGGGGCUGAGGACCUUCCUGUCUACACCUCUCUAAUUACUCCCUUCUUCCCUCCCUUCUCACUCUCUCCCUAAUAAAAGUUGCAGCCCAUUUUCCACA